AUGGACCCGAUCCUCGUAUCCUCGUACAUACCCGACCAGCCCGAUUUCUCGUCUGAGUUCCAGUCUCCUCAGUCAAACCAGUUCGACGGCUCGCCCAACCAGGGUUCACCCUACGAGUCCUUUGACUAUCCCCAGGACAGUGCCCAUUUCCCUCACACGCCCUCUUAUAACGGCUCCUACCAGAAUUCCCCCUACUCGAACUACUCUGACCUUCCUCCCUUUGACGGUCCGGACGACAACAAUCUCGGUCUAUUUCCCGAAAGCCAUCCUUCCGCUGUCAACAUCCCAGAGUACGAUCCCGUGGAUUUUGACGUGCCCACCUCUACUGGCCUCUUGCUCGACGACGGCUUUAUGUCCGGUCUGCCAGGUCAUCCACACAUAUCUGUAACGUCCUUUGACCCAAAACCUUCUUCACCGGGCCUAUUUGAUCACAGCUCCCCUGCCUCCAGUAACGGCGCCGAGGACGACUCACGUAGCCGCGCAUCGUCCUCCUCAUCCUACGUGCACCCUAACUCCCCCCACAUGGAUUUCGCCCAGAACUUUGAGAGCAUGCGGUUUGACUCCCCAAAUUGGGCUUCCGGUCCUCUCCCUCCAAUCGACAGGUCGUCCCCUCCGGCCCUCAAACCGCCGUCACCCCCGCAAUUGGUCAUCCCCGACUCGUCCACCAGUCCUUCUGUUACAGGCAUGGAUUCGCCUCCGAUAAUCAAUGCACCAGACGGCGAUGGUGGUAUGCCAACGGGGCCUCAGCUGCACAUUGUUCCAGCUACUCCCGUCUCGGGGGGCGCAGGGGCAGCGCAAUCAGUUCCGUUCCAAGCCACGCUGGCGAAUUUGCAUACAGGAGGAUCGCAGGGCGUGCAGCCACCCGAUGUCGCGAGCUGGAACCGUCAGUCGCAGAUGCAGCUGGUGUCGUCCGCGCAGAACGCGAGAUUGGACUCGUCCCAGUUCGCCGAUCAAUCUUUCACCUACCCCGGAUCAGACAACAAUCACGAAGUGUCCACCUCGGGGAUGGCCUAUGGCUCUGAAACGCCUCUGUCCCAUCCCGCUGGCCAGGGGCAGUCGCACCAGUUCCUCUUCCCGCAAGGAAUGCAGCGGUCACGCAGCCUAUCGGACACAUCCCUUCGUCCGCCCGCGUGGGACACGCCCAUGAUGAACCCGCUCGGUCACCAAGGGUCCAGCGCCGGUGCAGAUGGAAAUAGACUCGGUUCCCACGACGCGCGCCGUCCCGGUACCACCGUCAACAUGAACGACGUCCUUCCGGGACCGUCGUCGUCCCCUCUCCUCUCAGGCACCCUCUCGCCGUCCCAGACGCAGCUCCGCCACCCUUCCUCUGCGGGCCCGCACACCGUGACGUUCGGCAUGCAGCCUUCGCCGCUCUUGCAGCCCUUCGCGUUCCAGGACUUCCUGACGCCCGAGUCGGCCACCUGCUUGCGGCGCGCCAAGUCGGACAGCAUCCGCACUCAUCGGCAAGUGCGCUCCGAGGAUCUGCGCUACAUCCACUCGAACCCGGGGGCGCCGGGCCUCUCGGGCAUGGCGAGCGCGAACGGGAUGCGCUACCCGCCGCCGUCGUCUUCGCAGCAGGACUUCAUCCUUGCCACCCGCCAGUUCUUGCACCCCGCGGCGGCGGCGGCGGAGCCCGUCGCGUCGAUCACGCGCGGGUCCCACCAACGCCGCGCGUCGUCUGGCUCGCGCGAGCGAUCCCCGGGCAUGGGCGGCUGGAGCAGCGGCGCCAGCAGUGCGCGCGCGAGCCCGUACCCCAGCCCGUCCGUGAGUCCGCGUCCGGGGUACGGUGCGCUGCCGCCCGCGGAUAUGUCGAUGCCGUCGAUGCAACGCAUGGACGGGGGCAUGCUCGGCAUGGCACCGGGGCUGGGUAACGGCGCGCCGGCAGAGGUCCCGAUGACGGUGUCCAAGGUGAAUGUGACGACGCCGAGUACGGCGGACGCGAGCCAGAAGCGCCGGAAGCAGCCUGCGAACUUUGCGUGUCCGGUGCCCGGGUGCGGCAGCACGUUUACGCGGCACUUUAAUUUGAAGGGGCACUUGCGCUCCCACGCGGAGGAAAAGCCGUUCAUGUGCAAGUGGCCUGGGUGCGGAAAGGGCUUUGCGCGCCAGCAUGAUUGCAAGCGGCAUGAGCAGCUGCAUCUGAAUAUACGGCCGUAUCCCUGUGAGGGCUGCAAGAAGAAUUUCGCGCGGAUGGACGCACUCAAUCGUCACUUGAGAUCUGAGGGCGGCGCUGAAUGUAGAAAGAUUCAAGAUGAGAUCACGCCGGCGAGCCUCGCGGCGGAAAACAUGCAGGACAUGUCCAUACAAGCUCAAUCGAAUCUGAAGCCCGAGCCUGAUAGCGGGUGGCCCAUGGGCGGGGUCAUGAUGUAG